GCUAAAAAUUCGAAACAUACCGGUAUCCAAUCUUUGCUCAUGAUUUCAACAACAAACAAAGCUUUCUCACAACGUCUCUCUCUUACAAAAUCCAGAUCACCAAGUAUUAUGGCGCAAGAGCUUGAAAGAAGAUUCAUCUGGCAUCAGUUCAGGCGAUGUAUUUUGCUCCUAGUUUUUGCAACUUGGGGCUGGUGUCCCGAUUUUGCUGAUGCCAAAACUGUAAGCGGCAAAUUUCGUCUUUCUGGUCUCGACACUGAAUAUGUAUUGGGGAGUUUCGCAGUCUCUCCCAGAAAAAUGGGCACACUAAAAGUGGAGUUCAAGGCAAAAGAGCCAUAUGUUUCGAAUAAAGAAGCUUUUGUGAGGGUUUUUCGGGACGACAAAUGGGAUGAGUACAAAAAGGCGCCAAGUUGUACGCAAAAAGUUCCUCUGUCACUACGGAACGAACAAGUCACUCUGAAGAAGAUGAAUGGUCACUACGUGGGUGAAGUUGCCAUGGAGCUUAACAAUCACAAAGACGAGAGAGCACAUUAUUAUUAUUUUGUCAUAACCGAUUGCUCAUUGGAGUUUUAUAUGCACGACGAAAUGGUACCAAAAAUGUCGUAUACCGUUACGACCUGGAGUAAGUAUUCCAUCGUCUUUGUGCCAAGAUUUGUCUUUUCCGCACCUUUUUCUCUAACCAUUGUAAAAAAUAUACGUGCUGCACUUUUCUACAUCCGAUAUAGAUGAUGGGUCUCAUGUGUCCGCAGAUGAAAUUCACCUCGAAAAUUUGCACACAAUUGCUUCGUUAGUGAGUGGUCUCUUAGCUCUAACUCUUUGUGUAGUGAUUGGGAUUCAACUUUAUGAGAAGUCUACAGUUCAUGCUGCUGUGUUCUUGGUUAUGGCAGCUGCUGCCUCGGAUUCAUUUUCGAGUAUGUUUGAGUUGAUUCAUCUUUCACUGUAUGCUCACAACGGAAUAGGAUCUUAUGCGAUGGUAAGUUUUGUCAUGGAAAACCACGAAAAAAAAAUCGUCACUUGGUUUGCUUGGCAACGGCAUUUUACUCAAUUGAUAUCUAUUCCAGGAUGCACUCUCUGCUCAUUUGGAAGCAGUGUGCGAUUCACUUGUAGCAUUAUUGCUGCUGUCGGUUGCUGCUGGUUGGACUUUGCCCUCCGAUGUUGUCGCAGUCAAACAAAACGCUACUGCGAUACAAAAGCUUCUCGAUGGUUUUCAGUCUCCUUUUGAAGCCCUUAGUGCCCUGAGUCCCACUGCGUUCUUAGCCAUCGCCAUAUUUCUUUGCCAUGUCGUUCUAGCACAGUGGGGACGAAUGUACAAUGAUGAUUUUGAUUCUUACCACGACUUGGAGCAUCUGCCUGGUAAAUUCUUGAUGCUCAAUAGAAUUAUCCUUGGCUUUUGCAUGAUGGCUUGCUGUCUGUCGACUAGGAUGCGAUGCACACCAUCCCUGAGGUCCUUUUAUUUACAGCUCACAAUAAUUGGGACGCUUUGGUUUCUUUCAUUACCAUUGCUAACUUGGUUUGUCAACGCGUUGAUUCCGUAUCAUAAGAGGCAUCGUGUCGUUGGAGUAUGGGCGGCCGUUUUUCAGACGUCUGGCAUAACAUUACUUUCCUGGCUUGUCACAUCUCACUCGACAUCAUACCACAAGCUCUCGCAUUUGAGUUCAACAAGUGACAAUCUCACAGAUGCUUUGUCGAGGCGGUCAUCUGGGAAAGGAGAAGCUCGGACGUGGAUGUUUGGCAAAAACAAAGUUCGAUUGGACUGAGGUAAUGCAGUUGUAAAGUUCGAUGAAAAACGUACGUAAUUUAGCUAUAUGAUCCCUUCUAUUCACAUCGCUAUGGCGAGUAUUUUUUAGCAGAUAGUCAAAGCUUUGAUUGCAUGAGAAAUCCCCGUAACUCUACCAAUCGAGAUCACGCGGGAUAUCACAUUGAAGUGAUGUUCUGAUUGAAAUUUACGACCAGGAAUCACCUCGAAAUGCUAAUUGCCUACGCCGUUCAACAAUUACACCAUCAUACGUCCAGCAUAUUAUUGUGUCAACAUCAGGAUCAAAUGUGAUAUCAGAUGAUGUUGUUAGUGAUUUUGAAAUCGAACGACUGUGAGCUCAUGACUACCAAAAUACGUGGUAAAGAGGUAACUGCUGAAAUUUCUCUUCUUCUCCUCCCUUUUCUCUUUUUCUGCAACUGCUGUGUUUUCUUUCCCAACUCACAUAAUUAAUCUUCUUCCAUUUUUUGCCAUAGUAGUGAUAACAGUCAUUGCUUGAUGUGUGGUGUUCAUGGUCGUCAAUGAAACAAACAAAUCAGGACUACCAAUUACCCCCAAACCACAAGGUAUGAUCUAAAGCCAGAAGAAAUCAGACAUUCACUA